CAGUCUUUGACUACUAUGGCAUGUGACCAAAGAUCGUGUAGUAAACAAUCUUUGAUGUGACUACAUGAUGUGUGUACAGUGUAUAGUAGACCCAGUCUUGGGUAGGCCUAUUUUAGCGGUUGAGUUAUGUUGCUCUCGGGGUGGACAGACUGGCAAUUCAAGACCCAAAAUAUAAUUGAUUUUUGAUUUUAUCAAGUUUUGUUUGUUUGUUCAUUUUUGUUCGUAAGUGAUUGCACACAAAAGAAAUAAAUGACUAUUUGAUAACAAUUAUUUAAAAUUUAAAAACCAACCCAGUAUUUUAUAGACCACAUGACACUGACGUCAUGGUCAGCUGAUGUCAACAAUCAACACCGAAGCGGAGGCAAAGACACGACCAAGGUGCCCUAGUUCUAAUUAUAGAAAGAGAAACUAGACUGAAAACAAACAGACGCUCAUAGUCAUAGUGGACGCUCGUGAGUUUAUUUUUUUCUGGAAGUUCAUUAUUUCUUGCUGAUGCUGAAAGUGAAUAUUUAUGGUGAAAGAAAAGUGAUUUUAUCCAUGCUGAAAUUCUGAUACUAUUUUCAGUAUGCAGGCGUCAAAGAUCUUGAAUUUGUUGCUGAAUGUAUCUUCAAAGGCCUCUAAGAUUGCUUCCAUCAUCCGCAGUGAAAAACCUUUGGUUGAACUUUUGGUUGAAGAAAAACAAGGAAUUGAAAAGAAUGACAGAUUUGUCCAAGACUUUAAAACCCUUGCUGAUGUUUUAAUUCAAGAGACUGUUCGACACUAUGUCUCUGUAGAGAUUCCUGAUAUUGGAGCCAGCAUUUAUGGAGAAGAGAGCAAUAAAUUCACGAAUGUGCAAGGAGAGACGAUCACCGUUAAAAUUUGCAGCUCUUGUGAUGAAACAGAAAAGCUACUUGUGACAGUCUUGAAUGGAAAUGCAGAAGCUGCAGCAUUGUUGGCUACGGCAGUCCAUAGUGAAGCCACAAGCCUUACUGUUCAAACAGAGGAUGUACCUGUCAUUAUUCCCAUUGAAGACUGUGGGAUUUGGAUAGAUCCUAUAGAUUCAACAGGUCAGUACAUCAAAGGAAAGCUUGGAGAGGAGAAUGAAUAUGGCAUGUUUGAAGAUGGACUGCAGUGUGUUGCUAUACUGAUAGGACUCUUUGAGAAAUCUACAGGAAAGCCCAUUCUUGGAGUUGUUGUUCAGCCUUUUGCCAAGUUUAUCUCAGAAACAGAAAGCUGGACUUCAAGGACCAUUUGGGGUGUUUCCUUUAAUGGACUAAACAAGACAUCCUUUGAGCCUACUAGUGAAGCCAGCAAUACCGAGGCCAGGAUUGUACUCAGUAAAAGUGAAUCUGAACAAGUACAGAAAGCCUUAUCUACCAAGUACAAACUUGACUUUGCUUCAGGAGCUGGAUACAAAUUGCUAGCCACAGUUCUGGGCUUGUCAAGAGCUUAUGUCCUGUCUCACCGUUCUAUCUAUAGGUGGGACUGCUGUGCCAUUCACCCAAUACUAAGAGCUGUUGGAGGUGGAAUUGUCAGCUAUAAGCACACUUUGCAGGCGGCCAGGUAUCCGGAAGGUGAACUCACUGAGGAAGACUUACAUGCAUUGCAAGUCAGCUACACGAAAGCCUCUGGUGCUAUAAGGAACAGGCGGAAUUCUUUCUCUGAUAAAACAGAAAGUUUACCAGGCAUCAUUGCAUACAGAUCAGCAGCUGAUGUUCUAGAUAUACUGAAUCUUUUAAAGUAGUUAUCGUCAAAGAGGGCCAGAGUUGCGGGCAACUCCAAGGCAUUUUAUUUAUUACCUUUAUUAUAUGGGCUUAAUGGCUAUAAGAGUGAUUUUUCAAUUAACAAAUUCAUAAGUAAUGUCAGGGUAAAAUGCAAAGAUUUAUGAGGCUAAAACAACAAAGUUAUGUUUUGAAUUCUUGCUUCAGCAUAUUUUACAGACCAUGAAGCUCAGAAUGAGCUUUGUAAUUAUUGCAUAAUAAAACAUUUUGAAUUGCUAUCUAAAAUUAUCUUUUCAUGCUGUUUUACAGCAAGACCUGAGUAGAUUGCUUGUUCUGUCUCAGAAAAGUAAAGUCAUAGCUUCCACUUUUUGGAAAAUGAAUUUUUGUGCAUUUUUGCAUAAGUGAGUUGACUCUUAGUUCCUUUCAGUGUCUCUUUUUCAGUGACUUUUGUCUUGCUUCCAUGAUUUGUCUGCACUAAAACAACAUUGCUCAGACAUUCAUGAGAUCUCUUGAUUUUUAUGUCUUUUCAUUCAUUUACUUUUGUGCAUUUAUCUUGCGUACUUACUUAAUCCACUCCACACAGUGAUAUAUAUGCAUAAAUAAGGUCUCCACCAGACAUUGGGGUUUGAUGCUGUCUUUAGCCAGUUUGUUGUGGAAACCUCUGGUCCUUUGUUUCUUCAUUUCAUCUCCACUGAUCUUUUUGUAUUAAUUACGGUACUUAUAUAUUUGCCUUCUAUUUUUCUCUACCCUUUUGAAGUAGACAUGUCUCCUAGAAUUUACAGAAAAACAAGAUGCUUUGAUUCAGUUCGUGCAAGCUAUUUGAAAUAACUUGCUGUUUCAGUACACAUUGUUAAAACUAAUGGCCAUUAGCAGAGUUUAUGUGCUCUCAAUCUUAUGUAAAUUCUGAUGAACACUUACAGUGACUUUAUCCAGGGAAAGUUGAAAUGGAGAAGCACAGAUAUUCAAAACCAAAGUCAUAGGAUUGAAAAAAAAAUUCCGUUUGAUUUCAUUGAAAUAAUAAUCACACUGUGGUUUUGGCUGUAUACCUUAACUGGCCUUGACAGGAUAAAAGAAGUUUUGCUCAAAUGGUUAUCCAUUUUAAUUAAAAUGGUUGUUUUAUAUCAAGAGUAACACUCUUGCAUAAUUUGGCCAUCAUUACGAAUGGGAAAUAUGUGUCAUGGCGUGGUGGAAUUGGGCGCUCGUCAAUUUUUGGGCGUUUGUAGUUAUUGGUAUUAUCUUAAAUCUUGUUCAUUUGUCUUUCUUUUGAUGAAAAGAUACUCGCCUGUCUUGAAUAGAAGACAAGAUUCUUACAAGGGAAGGAGGUGGGAGGUCACCUGGUGUAGGAGGUGAAAAUAGCAAGAAAAUGGCCACUAAAGUUUGGUGAGUUAAGUUUGAGUGUCCUUGGAAAUUGAAUACUUACAAUUUGUUGUGCCUUUGGUCAAAUUUUUUCAGUAAAAUCCACACAGAAAUGUGUUUAAAUGGACAUAAAAAGCGUUGAACUAGAACAACAGAAAUAAAAUGGAUAAAAUUCCCCAUUUAUUUUAACGAUAGCCUGAUUUCACCAUGUUUCCAUGCAUAUGGCUUUUUAUGUACUGUCUCGCAGAAACCCAAGGGAGGCUCAGUUUACAUGGCUAUUUUAAAAAAAUUUUUUGGAGGAAGGUGCAAAUAUAAAGAGCCGGCAAUACAGUCUGAGUACAUUUAUGUUAUAGUAAAUUAGUUCCAGAUGUAGGGGUACAACAUGUUUAAAGUAGGUUUAUAUUAAUUUUAAAAUAUUAAGUUUAUUUUGUAUAUGAGUAAACAGUACCAUAUACAUUUUGCUCAAUUUCAACACAUCAUAGUUUUUAAAAAAAUUCAUUGAUACUUUUUCUCGUGACUUGAUUAUCUCAGUUGUUUGCUGCACUAGCGUAAGUGUCAAUUUCAUCUCAUUAUUUUUUAUUAUGACUGAUGGAAAGAAAUGCCUGAUCAGUACAUUUUGAUAUAUCCUGCUGUUUGUAGGCUCAUCACAUUAUUUUUCUUUUUUUAAAAAUGUACCGUAGGUGUUUUAUGCCCCUAUCCACACAAUUUAGAUCAGGUAGGAGGUCGACUUGGACUCUGCCUGUCAGGGCCAGCCUGGGCUGAGAGUGAUAUAACAUUCCAUCGGAAAGACUGAGGUACUCGAUAAAAAUUCUUCCUACUGGAAUUGACCACGAGUCUCCUGUGUGCGACAGCAAAGCAUAUAACCACUACACCGCAGACACUGGUUUACUUUUCUUUACAUGUGACAUUCAGAAGCAUUUCUGACGUACAGAUGUUUGCAUUUUGUGCAUGUUUGGACAAGAAUCCUCAUGAUUUUGGUUGAUAAUCAUAUAACCUUUACUUUUCUGUUCCGCCACUUCCUCUUUGAUAAAAAGGAUUGUAUGUUGCCAAAAGAUAUUUAGAAAAUAGAAUGGAUAAUUUUCCUCACUCAGACUCAGAACAUCACCUGAACAUAAACUUUUUUGUAUCUAAGUGCACUAUGAACCAAAAUGUAAAUUGAAUUAAGAUUAAACUUCACUUCUUUUUCUUUCACUUUUGAGUGAAAGGACAGACUUUCAAAAUCAUUUUUUGUUUGAUGUAUGUUUGACAGCUGAUUCAUUUUGCUCGGUUCACUAUUUAUUUCGAAGGAUAAUAUAGCCUUAAUUCCUUUUUUUAAAAAUAAAAAAUUACAGAAGACACUUUUUACUGUUCUUUUUUAUGCCAAAAACACAUGCAAAUAUUAGCUGUCAAUCAUUUUUCUUUACCGCAGUGCUUAUCUUUCUUGCACUUAAUAACCAAUGUCUAAUUUAUUGGGAGCUCAAAACUAUUCAAGUUAAAGGAGUCAUAUUACACGGUGCUAAGUUUGGAAUGCUUUGACAAUCUGAAGAUGAAUUUUAAGAGAGAGCAAAGUUGCUGUUGUUCUUGCUUGUUACCUCUUUCUAUGUCAAUUUAGUUAGUAAGGGUAUGCUCAUAUUUUUAUUUAUUUGAGUAAAGAGAGUACAAAUGCAAAAACAAUUAUUUACAGCCAGAAAAAGCAAGAUGGACAGGCGGAAAUGGCAUAAAAAAAGAAAAGAAGGAGGCGCAUACGUGGAUCACUUGAUAUAUUUGGGAUUUUGUGUCGCUUGAUUUUGCUAGUUUUUCGCAAAAUGGUAUUUUGACAUAUAACUUUUCACUUUAAGUUUACCAUCCACCCACAAGAAUUCUACUUUGUUUUGGGAAUUUUUAUUUACCUUUUUUUUUAAAACUUUCAAUGCUGUGUUUGAACAAUUUUAAUGCAGUUUCAUGUACUGUGUUGGUCAUUUGAGAUUUUUUCCAAUCUAGUCAUUUGUUAAUUGUGUUCAUAUUGUGCAAUUGUAUUGGACUGCUCUUCUCAUCCCUUUGUAUUUCACUGUUAUUUAUUGGAAGCUUGUAAUGUAUUUUGUUUUGGGCUCAAUUAUCUCAGAAUAUAUUGUAAGCUGUACACGAUUUGGCUAGUAAUCUACAUACUGUAUUCAAGAUCGGUGAUAUAUCUGUCUACUAAAAUAUGUUUUAUUUAUUUAUGAAUUAUAAAAAUGAAGUGAAAUAUGGUUUAAAGCAAAAAUUAUGUAUGCUAUUAUUAUGUAACAUAGUAAUAGAGUGUACAAUUUAGGUACACGUUGUAGUUUAUAUUUUUUACCGUGGUUUUAUAUUAGCAAGAUGCCUACUCUCUCUCUCUCUCUUCCUUCUGGCACUGUGACAUCAUAAGUGGUCAGCGAUGCCGAUAGCACGCAGGAACUCAUUGCCCGCUCGUGGGUCCUUGAGCAGUGCUGAUCGUGGGUGGUUGAAAUGUCCCAGCAGACGUGUUUUAAGAUGCCUGCUGUAUUGUGAAUGGAAUUACCAGUGUAAACAAAAAGACUCUACUAACAUGGAACACCCAGUGUUGCAGGAAUAGUGAAAGUUGUAGAGCAAUGUGGCAUAGAAAGGAGAAAACGAAUGUCACCUAACUGGGCAAAAGUUGUAGAGCAAUAUGGCAUAGAAAGGAGAAAACGAAUGUCACCUAACGGGGCAAAAGUUGUAGAGCAAUGUGGCAUAGAAAGGAGAAAACGAAUGUCACCUAACGGGGCAAAAGUUGUAGAGCAAUAUGACAUAGAAAGGAGAAAACAAAUGUCACCUAACUGGGCAAAAGUUGUAGAGCAAUGUGGCAUAGAAAGGAGAAAACGAAUGUCACCUAACUGGGCAAAAGUUGUAGAGCAAUAUGGCAUAGAAAGGAGAAAACGAAUGUCACCUAACGGGGCAAAAGUUGGACACUGUUGCGAGAAUGAUGCAUAGGAUAGACAUCUGUGGAGAGGAAUUGUUGUUGGCCUUUUUUAGGUGUACAAAAUUACAAGAGAAACUGACUUAUUCUACGAAGUAUAAUUCCAAAGCAAACACCUGUACCAAUGCACUCAUGUUACUGUUUUCAAAGCAAGUUUUGUUAUGUUGCACUUAGUUUUGUGAGCGAAUACUUUCAAUAUGUUUUCAACAUUUGUUCUUAAUGAUUUUAUCUGUUUCAAGCCCGCCUAGCCACUGUAUAAAUGGUGUUUGAAGCAUUGAGCUUCUAGUAAAAAGUGGACGGGUUCAUGUUUAUGGUGAAAUGUUCCUUAGUUUAGCAAGACAAAGAACAUAUUUGUGUCCAUGACAAAAUUGCCCAUAUUAAUGUCAAUGUUUGAAAUUGAGAUAAAGGUAGCAUUUUAUAGGUUUUUAAAUUCUGAAUCAGCUGUCUAAAAUCUCAAAAAAAUAUUUUGAAUGUAUUUGGAGAUAUUACAUAUUUUGAACGACAAGGUGCGAAAGUACAUUUUUGAGAUAAACAGCUUUUAAACGAAAUUGUGAAUUUCUGUAAGGUCUAUUUUCAAUAUGUGCAAGUAAUUCCAUUGGUUUGAACGAAAACAGCUGUUUAUGCACACCACAAUUCAUGGUGAUGAGAGAUGAUGCUUAACAUUUUCAUAUAUAUAUAUACUUGAGGAGGUUUGUAUAGAAAUGAAACCUACCAACUAUCAGACUAUGCCAAAGGGUGUCUAGCUGAAAGCUAGAUUGAGCUGAGCAAUUUUUAAAAUCAGAUAUUCUCCCUCGAAGCCCCUUAAACUGAAAUAAACUUAUACUUCUUACAAAUGAAAUUGUGCUUACUCCUUUUGCAGUGUGCUUUAGGGAUAGUUAAAAUUGGAUUAAACAUUUUUUUUGUGGAACUACAUUCUUGAACUGUUACUACUUGUACACCUUUGUAGGUUUCUAGCAUGAAAUUGACUUUGCUGACAUAUGGGCUUUUUUUGAGUCACUCACAAAUAUUAUUAAAGUGUUAAUGAUAUGUGAUGGAAAAAUUUGUCAUUUGUAAGCCUCUAUAUGGUUACCAGUAUUUUUGUACUCUUUUACAUCCAGUAUACUUAGAUUUAUACGAUACUUUGACUUGCAUUAUAAUGUCUUUGUCGUAGGGCAAAAAUACAGUGUAACACAGAUAGCUAGCCUUUGUGUGGACCAGCCUCUGUAGUUCGAGGGAUAUCUAACAUACAAAGAUAAUGAGAAGAAAAAAACCCAGGACCGCAGGCACAGUUAGACAGAUGCGUGAUUGUACUUUGCUCAGUAUUAAUUUGUGUGGCCAAUGAGAAUGAGGCUUAUACAUGUAGAGAAAAACAUGAGUCUUGUCAUAUUUUACAGUACAUUUUAAUUGUUUUCUAAUUAAAAGUAAAAUAUAUUCGUUAUUAUUUCUUUAUAACUUGUUGGUCAUAUUCACAGUUCCAUGUCAGCUCUGAAAUAAUUAGAUUUCUUGGGAUGAUUUUAUAAUUUGUCUUCCGUGAUGGCAUAAGUGAUAAACUUCAUGUUGGCUGGCUGCAUGGGUAUCUAAUCAGAGUAAUCAUAAGGCAUAUUUUAAAAACUGCAGUACUGAAAAAUGUUGUGUGUUUUGCCUCUCUGGGUGGUUUGAGUGUGCCACUUGUAGUUUCUUCCUUCUUCUUUUCUCUCAUUCUGUUAUUUCUGUCUGUCCGUCUAGACCCUGCCAUAACUGUCCAAUGUUGUGUCUAUAUGCUUCUCAUUUCUCUCCCACCCGCUUUAUAACCGCAGAUCAGACUGUUAAAAUUGUCGUAUAAUAAAACACUGUCCUGAAACACUGAAAUUUAGUAUUUGAAAAAGUCUUUCCCCAAGUGUUUAUCAUAUACUUAGCGUAUACUUCCACAUUUUUACUGUACAUAAUUUCCUAUGUAUUUGAUGGUUGUGGUGUUUAAAGACUGAGCUGUACCACUGAUGUAUUUCUCAGAGACCUGUCAUAUGUGUUGUGUAAUUCUUAGUCCCUCUGAUUCCCAUUCCCUAUCUUUUUCAAUUAAUUAUCUAUGAAAAUGUGGCUUCAUGACUUUUCUCGAUUGAAGUUACUGGUUAAGGUGGAGAUUAUAAUUAUUCAUAAAAGAAGUGAACGAUAAUAACUAAAUGUUUUUAUUGUUUCUUUCAAGGCAACUCAGUUGUUUUCUGCAGCAUCUUCUCAACAGUCAAUGGUUUAGAAAGCAGUCGAGCUCGGUAUUGUUAUUUUUUCAGUUACUACUGACAUUUGAUCAGUAACGCUGAUUGAAAAAUUAUAUGUUUGAGACACCAAGUGCAGUUCUGUACACCUUGAGGUGUCUUACCUCUGGAUGCUGCAUAAAUGCAGUUCAUAAUAUAAUUACUUCUAUCCUUCCUGUUACAAUUGGUGGCUGUGAGAUACCCUUUCCUAGAUCAGCAAUUUCAUUUGGUUGUGCAGUAUUAAAGUUCAGUCAGUCCCUAUGAGGUCAGCUGUGUCUAGUUGAAGAUAAUUGAGAUUAGGAGGACUAUGUCUUCUGAAAAAUAAAAUGAAAGUAUUUUCUGUGUUCAUAUAUAUGUUACAGUGACUUGGACGCUGGUCAAUCAAUACGAAGAUAAUACUCGUGGUACAGGGUACUGUAGUUUUUACUCUCCGGAGCCAAAGAAACUGCUUGGCUGAUGGAGUACAAUCUAGGUGUUGUAAGCUUACUGUGAGGAUAUAUACUUGUGUGUCAAUAAUCAUGUUUGGUCAGCAUCUGAUAGCGGUGAUAGAAACAAUUAAUAGAGUUGGGUUCAUGUUCUUUAAAUGCCUGAUUUUGAAAGAAAGUAUUUUUCUGUGAUCAUUAUCUACAAAGAUUGUACUUGUGCACUUGUCCUUUUUUCAAAAACAAAUUCAGUAUAUAUACAUUAUCAUUUAAUAUACAGUACCACUUAUGUUUAAAUUACUCAUGCACGUAGGUAGAAUGUUGUGCAUGAACAAGUAAAUUUAUCUAUUUAUUAUUUAUCAAUAAAUUUAUGUUGUGAAAUACAAA